AUGCACAGCGCCGUGAACCAAGAGCUCGCGGCCAAGUUGGUGGACGUGGCAUACGUCCGCCAAGGCAACGAGGCCCUCAAAUCACGAGAGAAGCAAAUAACAUCGCUUCUGGCGCAUAGAAGGCUGCCGGAACACGGCUGGGACGACCUGGCGAUCCAACUGCUGCUGCACGAACUGGCCCAAAUGGACAGCAACAACUUUACACACAACGUCGGAGCAGGCGAGCGCGAAGCUCGAGUGGCGAGCUCGCUUGUUGCGAAUCGAUGCUUUCACUUGGCCCAUGGCGUUGGCCGAUCUGGCGACAUCUGUGCCAUUCAACCCAAGGCGGCUGGGUCGUCCUUGAUGGUGCAAAUCACCAACCUGCUCGUCAAGGACAUGCUCCAUGUCGCAGGCAUCAAGAAUGCAAAGUGCGCGAUCGUGCUACCGGUCGCUACCGGCAUGGCCAUGAUGCUUGUGCUCCUCACCCUACAACUCAAUGCACGCAAUACGGGGCACUCUACAAAGCGCUAUGUCUUAUGGCCUCGCAUUGAUCAAAAGUCAUGCUUCAAGGCUAUGGUCACUGCAGGACUGGAACCUGUCGUUGUCGAAAACGUUUUGGUCGGCGACGAGUUGCGCACCGACCUGGAGGCCUUGGAAGCCAAGAUCAAUGAACUCGGCGCGGACAACAUUCUGUGUGUUUUGUCCACGACCAGUUGCUUUGCGCCGCGGGGGUACGAUCGUGUGGACGAAAUAGCCCAGAUCUGUCAACGUCAUGACGUUGGCCACGUGAUCAACAAUGCGUACGGCGUGCAGUCGUCCAAAUGUACCCACUUGGUCAACCAAGCCAUGCGAACCGGGCGCGUCGAUGCGUGCGUCCAAAGCACAGACAAGAACUUUCUGGUGCCUGUGGGCGGAUCCAUCCUGUGUGGCCCAGACGCAGAGCUGAUCCACGACAUUGGAAAGGCGUAUCCGGGACGCGCCAGCAACGCCCCGUUGCUGGACUUGUUCAUGACAAUGCUCCACUUGGGAAGGAACGGAUAUAUGACCCUGUUGGCGGACCGUAAAGCUCUUGUGCCGUAUUUCAAGGACCAGCUGGCUCAAGUGGCCGAAGCGUGUGGCGAGCGGGUGCUGCACACUCCUCACAACGACAUUUCUUUUGGCAUGACACUGCAGCACGGCGUCCCAUCCCCCGAAGCCACGACGUUCCUCGGCUCGAUGCUGUUUUCCCGCGGCGUGUCUGGCACGAGAGUCGUCUCAACUACCGACAUCAAGACGAUGGCAGGUCACGAGUUUGUUGGGUUUGGAGCCCAUGUCGCGUCGUAUCCAUCGCCGUACUUGACGGCCGCAUGUGCAAUUGGCAUGACGAAAGCUGAUAUCGACACGUUUGCAGCUCGCCUCCGCAAAACCCUCGUUGAAUUUCACAAGACAUUGCCAAGACAGCGUGAAUUGCCUCCGUCGCCUCCCGACAGCGCCAUGGCACUCGACGACUCGAACGACGACACGUUCCAUUGA